UCCACUCUCUCUCCGUCCUCGACUGGAGCUCGACGCUGCUCCGUCGAGAACAACCUCACAGAUUGCUCGUCCUCUUCCUUUCGAAUUCGUUCCAGAGAACGUAGGGUUUCAGAGGCGAAAGAGAUCGGAUCAUCUCAGGCGGACGCAAUCGAUUCGAUCUCCUCUUGACGCUUGAGUUACGGUUUCUGCUGUCGAUUCGAUCAGGCGAGCUCGUAUCGGCGACCAAGAUCUCGUUCUUAGGGUUUCAAAGGGGGUGAUCCUUUCUUGAGGACUCGAGAUGCAGAAGCUCGGAUUUUCUGGCAUGAAGAGCUUGGAUCAUCUCAGAUCCGUUAAUGGAUCUCUUGCUGGAGCUGCGAAAACUUCUCAGAUCUCAAAUCCCCGGCUGUCCUCGGAUUCCAUCUCCUAUGGGAGCUUUGCCAAUCUAAAGCUAACCGCAGAGAGGUUGGUUAAAGAACAAGCUUCGGUGAAAACCGAUCUUGAAAUGGCGCACACAAGGAUAAAAAGAGCAACAGAGCAGAUACAUGUGCUAGAGGCCAAACUACAGCAAGCAGUCAAUGAAAAUGCAAAGCUCAAAGUAAAGCAAACAGAAGAUACAAAGCUCUGGAAGGGAUUAGAUUCAAAAUUCUCUUCAACAAAGAUUCUGUGUGAUCAGUUAACUGAAACAUUGCAACACUUGGCUGGUCAGACUCAUGCAGCUGAGGAAAACAAGAACUUCUUUGAAGAAAAGCUUGCACACAGUUCAAAAGCUUUUGAUGAUUUGAACUGCCUUCUAAAUGAUUUGUCUGUGAAGUUAGAGUGUGCAGGCAACACAAUAAAUGCUGGGAAACAAGAGAUAUUGGAACUCAGGAGGGAGAAAGAAGAAAUGGAGAAAUAUUUCAGGGAUGAGCGCUCUGCAACUGAUAAUGUCAUAAAGGAAAAAGAUGUGGCUGUGAAACACUUAGAAGAGACUGUUGAAGAGAAAAAGGCGCAUUUGGAGACUCUUGAAUCUCAUAUGCAAGCGAUGCAACACGAGUUAAGUUUGAAAGAAGAUUCCUGCAAAUGCUUGAGAUCCACCGUAAACAACCUGGAAAAUGAAAGAAGUGCUCUGCAACUUAGCAAUCAGAAUUUUGCUCAGAAAAUAGAUAAAUCAUGUCAAGAGUUUAAGGAACUUGAAAUGCUGCUUAAUCACUUAGUGUUCCAACUAGUCGAAUUGAACAAGGAGAGUGCAACCAUAUCAGACCAGGUUUCUAGGCUAUUCUUGUCAUUUGGAGCUUAUGACAAGUUACUUCAGCAGGAGAAAUGUUUAGCUAUAAAGUCUGCUUAUGGAAAAUAUGAGCAACUCCAUGAACAAUUUAUGCAUACCCGAUCAGAAAAUGAUGCCUUCAAAUUGGAAAUCGAAGAGCUAAAGAAUAAAAUUAUGGAACUGCAGAAAGCUCAAGAGUUUGCUAUGGUGCAACAUGCAGAGGAAUGUCGCUUGGCAGAAGAUAAAAUUCGAAUAUUGGAGACUGAAGCUGAGGUUCUUGUUUCAAAUAAGAAGGAAUCAGACAAGUUGGCUUUGGAACUAGGGGAGAAAGUUAAAGAUUUAUCAAAAGCAUGUAGCCUAACUGAAACUCAAAUGCAAGAUUUGUUAAAGAAAAUUUCAGAGAUAGAAUUGGAGAAGCAGGACCUUCAGGACAAGGUGCGGUUGGUGAUACAGGAAAGAUCUAAGGACACAGAAGCUUUGCAGAAUGAGAUUGUUAAGCGUGAUCAGCAUGUUGAUUCACUGGAGAAUCAGAUCAACCAUCUUCGUUGUGCUUUAGAUGAGAAGGAACGGCUUCAUAUAAGUUCUGUGGAAAGAGAAAAGCAAUUGGAAGAACAAAAAUCUAAGAUUCAGGCAUUGCUUGCUGCAACUGAAUGUAAACUUGCAGAAGCAAGAAAAGAGUAUGAUUUGAUGCUUGAAGGUAAACAAUUGGAGCUAUCAAAACAUUUGAAGGAACUGUCGCAGAGAAAUGAUCAGGCUAUCAACGAUAUCCGCAGGAAGUAUGAGGUGGAGAAGAUAGAGAUUGCUAAUGCUGAAAAAGAGAAGGCAGAGAAACUCAUAAAAGAAAUGGAAAGAAAUUGUGAUGAAAAAAUCUCAGAGAGCAAAGAAGAAGCCCAGCAAUACCUGAUGCGUGUUAAGGAGGAACAUGGUGCAAUGAUUAGUAGAAUCAAGCAGGAUUAUGAUGAGAAGGAAUCCAGUCUUCAGGCUUAUCAGAAGGAAGAGCUACAACGAAUCCAACUUCAGGCUGAAAAUGAAAUGAGGGAGAAAAUAUCAUCACUGAGGAAAGAACAUGAAAUUCAAAUAAAAGGUUUGAAGCUGCAGCAUGAAGAUGACUAUCGAAAACUACAGGAGGAGCUGGAGCUCCAGAAGUCAAAGGAGGAAAAGCAGAGAGCACUGUUACAAUUACAAUGGAAGGUGAUGGGUGAAAAUCAGCAAGUUGAUCAGGAAGCAAACUCCAAGAAGGAAUACUCUGUUUCAUCAAUAAAAAUGAGGGAUUCAUAUGGCAGAAAAGAACACCAUCUUGCUUUGACUAGUCCUGAGAGCAGAAGAAAGGAUGUAAAUUUGUCAGGAAUUAUGCAGACACCUAUAGCAAACAUACUGAAGAAAGUAGGGAAGGGAAGCCCAGGAAAUAUUCCUAAGCACAGCAAAAAGGUAACACGCCAUGAAUAUCAAGUUGAGACUUCGAAUGGGAGGACUAUAACAAAGCGCCGAAAGACAAAGAGCACUGUGAUGUUUGGGGAACCAAACUCUCAGAAGGUGGUGCAUACCAAGACCCCAAAUGCUAGCAAGGAUAUCCUGAAAAUCAGGAAGGUGGUUGGAGGAGCCCAUCCAAAUCCAGCGAAUAUAGGUGAUUUGUUCUCAGAGGGUUCUUUGAAUCCUUACAAUGAUGAUCCUUAUGCAUUUGAUUAAAAGCCGAAGACUGUUUUGAGUUCAUAGUGAAGCCUUGUGAAGCGGAGAUUCCACUCACAGAGUAAGCCCUUCCUGUCAGUGCAGUUUAUAUCGAUUGAUGCUUGUUUUUCUCUUUUAGAUUGUGCAGUCUUCUUUGGAGUAAUCAAUAUUCCAAGCUUUGGCAGGCAGGCACAUGUGUUUAGAAUGUUAAUCUGAUUCUGUAACCAAACUUGUUAACCUACAGCAUCUUUGCCUUCGCUUGUCUUAGGUCCAUCACAGCUGUCUACCAAGGUGGAUUUUUGGUCAUAGUUUGCCUAUUACUAUCUCUAGCUUUCAGAUUUUACUACAUUCAAGCAGGAAGUAUGAUGUUAUCUUUUCAUUCUUCGCUUUUACUGAUGAAGCAUUUUAUGGAGGUUCUUUCUGGAUUGUUGCUGUUCAGUAACCGUA